GUUCCGUAAUAUUGAAAUGGAUUUGUUUGUGAUGUGGAUACCUUGAGGCUUUUUCGACGCAGGCGUCGAACAGAGCGUUCCAUUCAACUGUUACUUCUCAGGACGAAUAAACGUGAAAUGUCACCCGAAAUGCCGCACCUGCACCGCCGCCACCGUUGCACGUGUUUGUUGGCCCCGCGCUGCAGCGGCUUCGGCUGCUCUUUGUUGUUCCGCAUAACUUAUUUUGCGUUCCUCCCUUGAACGGCAUGACGAAGUGAUUCGACUGGCAGCAGACAAAUCCCACGGUAUUGGUGGCUGAAUGCUUGGAAUGACAAUGGGAUAUCCGAAGUUGCUCCUUGUUUUCGUCCUUGUGUCAGUUGGGGGCACGGGAGUUUACUCAUCCCCCACCGAAGACAUUCCCUUAUCCGGCCACAAAGCCCUGGAAAUAAAGGAAGGCUCCAGCCAGACCAUCGCCUGCAGUCCCAACUUCCCGUCCCUGAUUAUCGGCAACUCCUACUUCCGGCCGGACCGGUCGACGCCCGACAGCCGCGCACCCUGCAACGGCGACAAUGUCCGGGAGCUCUUAUCGUGGGCUUGUGAUGGGAAGAAAUCCUGUGUGUUAUCCGCCAGUAAGCAGGAUCUGGGCAGUUCUUGUGGGAAGACCAAGAUGAAACUGGUGGUGAUGUACCGCUGCGUCCGGUCCAAAGUGGUCAGCGUCAACAAACAGGGAGAUAAAAAGAAACUUCCGUCCGUCUGCCAGUCACUGCGAUCUUCAAGAUACUGUCGUUAAACUGUCAUAUUUGGAUUUUUAUUUCGUUGCAGCGGUUUUGUUAGACAUCAGAUGAAAGUGCAUGGUUUCAAGGACAAACUCAAUGUAGCUCUUUUUAUAAAACAAAGAACAGCAAAGAUUGUUUGACCAUGCCUUGAAAAUAUUUUAUCAGCCGCACAGUUUCCGGAAAAAUGACAGUCCGCACGUGGCAGAGUUGUACAUACUCUGCAAACAAAAAAACAACUGUAAGCCGUUAAAUUGUAACGAU